AUGCUUGGCGCCCAACUGUCUCUUGGAUUUUUUCUUAUGGCCGGGUAUGUAACUGCUCAAGCUAUGAAGCUGCGGAUCAACGAAGGAAACCCCAUCCGGGAAAUCUUUUGCGAUUGUAAGACUGGCGACUUGAGAUGCAUAGACUCUUGUUCGGAAAUACGAAACCCCAGGAAUGGAAAUCCUAAGGCUCUAAGGAUUGCUGAGGCCAAAAAGCCGGCAAUCAUAACUGUCAAGAAAAUUGUGCCACAGGAAGAGAAGCCUUUCAUUAAGUUUGUGGAGAAGAAUAUCGAGAAAGGCACCGGCAAUGGAAUCCUUGAGAAUGGCGGUGGUGUAGUAUGGAGGCCGCCAGGAAAGAUUUUUGAUAGAGAUGGCAACACCAUUUCUUAUAAAGGAUCAGUAUAUAAAAUCUGUGACCUAUAUGACUGGGCCAGUAGAAGCCAUAGAACAAAGGAGCGUCUGGUCAUAAGCGAUGAUCUAAAGGCUCUUUAUGAGUAUGUUCUGAACAAUCCCAGAAUAGAAAGGAUUUGCACUAAAAGCUCGGCUGAAUACCCUACUCUGCCCCUGGACCUGGUCGAUAGUGCCCCAGCUCCUCCAAAUAUUCUACCGCGAGUUACAGUAGACCGUGCAGAACCUGUAAUUUUAGAGAAAAACAAUGUGAUACCUGUAUUCAUUAGGGAGUCCUUUGACUUAGGUCCGGAAGCAGGUACUGGCUCCAGAAGGGAUGAGGAGGAUAGGAUACACGCCAGCAGUUCUGUUUCCAUAGUUACCCUGAAGACAACCAGUGUAACAACAACAACGACUAAGAUCAGAAAACAGGAUGCUCAUAGCGAACCUUUAAAGAGGGUUGAAACACAAACCAUACUCACAACUAGGACGGUUACAAGACAACGGGCCUCCAUUUAUCAGGGCGCCAACGACACCACAAAAACUAUUUUGAAGACGAUAUUUGUAGGGAAGGAAGAGAGCGGGAGACACAAGAUAAGGUCUGUGGAAGACCAGGGAUCCGAUGCCGGACCGCAGCUAAGUCUGGCCAAAAAUGCUGGAAUACCGAGUUACUUGCUAGAUAUCCAAAUUCUUGAGAAAAUCAAGAGUCUUCUUAGCCUGGCAAACCACAGCACUCCAGGCGGGAAUGCCGAUGCGAUGACCCAGCAAUCUAGGACAUCUAUUAUUCCCCAGACAGCAUCUUCCAGUACCGAGAAAAGCUAUGUAGCCACCACUUGUAAAUCCUCGUCUGCCAUUUCCUCUACAAAAGAGGUAGAGACCCCGUUCCGCGACGACCCUACCAGGGAACUGGUAAGAAGUAUCUUUGACAUGUUAAGAAGUAGUACCACUGCUUCUGAGAACAAAGGCCCAUCUUCCAUGAGCAGCAAAGACAUAAAGGUUGUGAAAGUCAUAACUACGGUAACUGAGACGACCACAAGGACUAGAAAUUACACACUGAUGAACUCUGCCAUUCCCAGCGUGGAAUUACGAAAUCCGCGCAUUCUUAGUGCCGUGAGCUCUAAGAUUAAGGAAAGCUCCGGUGCAUCUAUCUAUGAAGACCAUGGAAGGAAGCUGGACGAACUAUACAGAAGAAUUGCCAUAAAUGAGGAACAGUACAAGAACCUUGUAAACAUGAUACUAUCUGUGGGAGGGAGAGAAAGAGACGAGGAUAACGCUCUCUUGCUACUGAAGAAGUUAUAUAAUCUACAUAAGAAUGGAGCUAUUUAUGAAAAGAGCAGUAUGUCCUUGCUGUCAGAGAGACGCCCCAAACCGAGGCAUAGGUCUCGCAUCGUGGAGCCCGACUUGGAUGGCAGCUCCAAAAGCAGGAUAUACGAUCUCAUUGGGGGUGGCAGGGACGGUCUAGGAGCACCAGGCAGCGAAGAUUCUGCAGAAGAUCUUUCUUCACUGGCCUACAAGAAAGACGGUUUGUGGAGAAGUUUAGAGGAUGGCAACACAAAUGAGGAUGAGUUGGAUGCAACUAUUUUUCCGAUCCCCGAUGACUCCAAUCUCCCGAAUGAGGUAGGCAGCAAGGAGUAUCCUCCAUCCAUAGUUUCGCGCCUCAGAGGGCCUGCUGCCACAGAAAAGCUUGAUGGCAAGAAGAUACUUAGAAAAGAAAGAAUGCUGAAGAGCCUGCAGAACCCGAUGUUUACUAAGUCCCCUGAAUCCAAAAAUGAUAGAGAUGCACUUCCAAGGACAGUAAAUGAAACGGAUGCCGAAUGCAAAACCGUAACAGACACAAUCAGGACUACGGCAAUAAGGGAGUUUGAUAGCAGCAUGCAUCUCAGCGCUGUGAGUUCUGUUGUUGAAGAGCAUGUGAAAAGGCUUGAAAAGAAAUUGGACGCGUUUUCUGACAAAGUUAGUCAGAUAGGAGACAGACUACUAAGUCUCAGGUCUGCUCAGAAUCAAAAAAGCCCUAUGAACGAAAGCAUUUUCAGCUCUGAGGCAAUAUCCCCUGUCAUAUCAAGAUCGUCGAUCUAUAAUGAGGAAGAUACCUCCACUAAGGUAACGACAGGUUUCAUUGAAAGCUCCCCUUUGACGGCCAGCGUGGAAACUUCUGAAGUACAAAAGCCGCCUUUCUCAUCACUUUCCCCGCUGAGGGAAUCCUCUGUCUCCCAUGGCCCAUCGACUUUCUCAGCACCUCCACAGACGAUGGGCCUUGGCGAGGAUGAAGGUAACAAAGAGCAGAACAUUGAUGGUGUUGUGGAAAAGAUAAAGCAAAAGAAAAUCUCUGAUGAGAGUCUAAUAGUUUCUGACGAUGCUGUAAUAGACGAUAUUGUUGAAAAGCUAGCGCCGCUGGUCAACGACAUAAAGGUUUCAUCUCUUAACAGUACCGCUACAAGUCGGUUGGAGAUGUCUCCACAAUCUGUAGUUUAA